AAGGGAAAAAAAUUGUCAGAAAAGGGGAAGAAAAUAACGACGUGGAAGUAUAUUUUCACUGCAACAAACCAACCGGGACUCAAGUCGAAGAACCCACAAAACCCAUUUGGCGCCAUGGAUUUUUCAUUCAAUAAAUAAUAGUUCUUCCCAAAAAUGGCAUUCUCUGCCACCCCAUCUCCUCUUCAUCACCACAUUGAGUUAUUCAUUAAGGUAAGCAAUCCAAAUACUCAUAUUCUCACCGGAAAAUGGAAAUCUCAUUCUUUAUCUCUGUCUAAGUCUACUGUAACUGUUCAUGACCAUGAAAACAUUCCAAACAAGCCAAAUAACAAGCAAAAAGUUGAUAGUUUUGGAUUCAGCUCUCAGGAGCUUGAAACCAUACCAGAAAAGCGAAAAACCCAGUUAAAAAUGGAUGGGUUUUUCCGGGAACUAGGCUUACUUUCCAUUGAUGGGCAUGAAAUAACUCCUAGAAAGGCACAAAACCAGCAGGACAAUGGUGGGUCUAGUUACAAUUCAACUGAUAUUGGAAGUGUUCUUUCAAGAAAGGUUGGAAAUGGGGUUUUGGUGGAUUCUCUGUUCAUGGUUCAAUCCAUAAAUUUGAGGAGUUUUGAUGAAUGCCAGGAAUGUCUCAUUUCAGCUCUGCGAAUUUGUCGUAGAUUUGAUGCUCUAGCUGAAGGCCUGCAAUUACAUGCUCGUAUAAUUGUCACUGGAAUUGAACUUGAUGCUUUCUUAGGAACCCAAUUGUUAGAAUUCUACUGCAAAUGCUGCACAAUUGUAGAAGCACUUAAGCUAUUUGAUAUACUACCAGAAAGAAAUGUUUUUACCUGGACUUCCAUUAUAGGAUUGUACUGUGCCAAUGGAGAUUAUGAAGAAACUUUGGGAUUGUUUUAUGAGAUGUUAGAAGAAGGUAUAAGACCAGAUAAUUUCAUUUUCCCAAAGGUUUUUAAGGCCUGUGCAAAACUCAAGGAUUACAAAAGAGGCAAGGAAAUUUACCAUUACAUGCUGGAUAUUGGGUUCGAGGGGAACCAAUUUGUGCAUAAAUCUGCCAUUGAUAUGUUCGUUAGCUGUGGUAGAAUGGAUAUAGCCAAUAAAAUAUUUGAAAAGCUGCAGUUCAAGGAUGUUGUUUCAUGGAACAUGAUGAUUUCUGGGUAUGCGUCAAAAGGAGAUUUUCAGAAAGCUUCAGAGUUUUUUGAGAAUAUGCAGAUUGCAGGAGUGAAGCCGGACCAUGUCACCUGGAAUUCAAUGAUUUCUGGUUAUGCACAGCAUGGGGAUUGUGAAAAAGCCUCUGAAUAUUUUCUUAAGAUGCAACGCUUAAAAGAUAUUAGGCCAAAUGUGGUUUCCUGGACGGCUUUAAUAGCAGGAAAUGAGCAGAGUGGGCUUUAUUCUCAAGCUCUCGGAAUCUUCAGGGCUAUGCUUGGAGAGGGCGAGAAGCCCAACUCAAUUACUAUAGCUUCAAUUCUUUCGGCCUGUACAAGUUUGUCUCUUCUCCACCAUGGCAAAGAAAUCCAUGCCUACUGUAUAAAGACUGAUGGGUUGGUAUCUGAUUUGCUUGUUAGCAAUACUUUGGUGGAUUUCUAUUCAAAAAGUCGAGACAUAGAGAUUGCUCGCCAUAAUUUUGAUAAAAUCAAGAAAAAGGACAUAGUCUCAUGGAAUGCCAUGAUAUCAGGGUAUGCACAGAGUGGGAACAAAGAGGAAGCCAGUAAAUUGCUUCGAGAAAUGCAGUUGCAUGGUGUGGAACCUGAUGUGGUCACAUGGAACGGACUAAUUACAGGUUUUACCCAGAAAGGCGACGGGGCAACAGCUCUUGAGUUUUUCUACGAGAUGGGCAAAACUGGAAACCAACCCAACUCCAUCACUAUAUCAGGAGCUCUAGCAGGAUGUGCCCAAGUGAAGAAUUUGAAAGUCGGGAAAGAAAUCCAUUGCUAUGUUACCAGAAAUGAGAUCGAAAUGUCAACUGGUGUGGGAAGUGCACUUAUAGCAAUGUAUUCCGGGUGCGAGAAACUAAGAAAUGCUUGCCUUGUGUUCUCUGAGCUAUCAUAUAGAGAUGUUGUGAUAUGGAAUGCCAUUAUAGCUGCUAGCACCCAAAAUUCACAGGGGGUUAGCGCCUUAGAGCUGCUUCGAGAUAUGCAGCUUUGGUCUGUGGAACCCAAUACAGUGACCGUGGUUAGCGCUCUCCCGGCUUGUUCAAGACUAGCAGCUUUGAGACAGGGGAAAGAGAUGCACCAGUACAUAGUUAGGCAUGGAUUUACGGACUCUAGCUUUUGUUGGAAUGCUCUCAUAGAUAUGUAUUCAAGAUGUGGGUCAAUAAAGAAAGCAAGGAGGAUCUUUGAUAUUAUGCCUCAAAGAGACUUGGUUUCUUGGAAUGCCAUGAUAGCUGGCUAUGGCAUGCAUGGGUUUGGCAUGGAUGCUGUUAACCUCUUUCACCAUUUUAGGGUUUUAGGACUUUGCCCAAACCACUGCACAUUCACUAAUUUGCUUUCAGCUUGUAGCCAUGCUGGUUUAAUUGAUGAGGGUCGCCAGUUUUUUGAUAUGAUGAGAUUGGAUUAUGCCAUUGAACCCGCUGUGGAGCAAUAUGCUUGCAUGGUUGAUCUCUUAGCACGCUCAGGUCAAUUUGAGGAGACAAUGGAAUUCAUAUCUAGAAUGCCCAUGGAGCCCAAUGCUGCAGUUUGGGGAUCUGUUUUGGGGGCUUGCAGAAUCCAUGGAAACCCCGAGCUUGCCGAAAAAGCAGCUGAUUAUCUCUUUGAGCUUGAGCCUGAAAAUUCAGGGAAUUAUAUACUUUUGGCUAAUAUAUACUCAGCAGCUGGUCUAUGGGAAAAUGCAGCAAAGAUAAGGCGUUUAAUGAUGGAAAGAGGAGUGAAGAAGCCCCCUGGUUGUAGUUGGAUAGAGGUACAGAGGAGGGUGCAUUGCUUCAUAGUUGGGGAUUCUCACCCCAUGAUGGAUUUGAUCUCAGAGAAGAUGGGAAGUAUAAAUUUGAAGAUUAGAAAGAUGGGUUAUGUUCCAGACACAAGAUUUGUGUUGCAAGAUGUGGGGGAAGAUGAGAAAGAGUACAGUCUUUGCUGUCAUAGUGAGAAGAUGGCUAUUGCCUUUGGGCUAAUCAGCACUUCUUGUGGAACCCCACUAAGAAUUAUAAAGAAUUUGAGGGUUUGUGGUGACUGCCACUCUGCAACUAAGUUUAUAUCCAAGGCAGAAGGGAGAGAGAUCAUAAUGAGGGACAGCUAUAGAUUCCAUCAUUUUGUUGAUGGGGCCUGUUCUUGUGGGGAUUAUUGGUGAAAUGGGUAGGUAAUCGUUUGAGCAAUUUGGUUUCCAAGGAGAAGUUGCUCGUGUAUCAUAGAAGAGGAAGGUUUCAAGAAAAGGGAACAAAAUAUUUGUUAUUCUCAAGCAUGCUUUUGUCUCUCUUUUUUUGUAGUCCAACAGUUUGCAAUUUAUACUGGCACUAACAAUUAGUGUACGAAUGAACAUCCUGCUACUAUAGUUAAUCUGACAAUCAGAUAUUUGUUUUUCUUAUAGAAAUGAUUCAGACAAUUGUUUCUUGUUAGUCCUUCUGCUACUCUUUUUCUUAUAUCUGUCACAUAGUUUCCAUGAGCUCAACAGCGGGUAUCCUCUACCAGGGAUUUUAGUAUGUGAAAUGCUACAAAAAGAGUGAUUGAUGAAUCAAAAUGGUGUUUGUUGUAUGAACAGCUGUGAGUACUCGGGCCUAUACAAUUAACAUAGCCAUGCUGUCACUUGUCAUAUUGACCUCUUGAAGUUGCUGCCUAGACAUGGUUUGAGUUCAAAACUUAUUAAGGGUACCAGUCUUGUGGAGUUUCAGCAUCUCUGCAGUGUUGUAGUUCUGCAUGCUCAGAAAUACCAUAUCGCCUGAUUCUUCUAUCUAAAAGGUCCAAGUUGUUGUUUAAG